CCCGCUGUGGCGACGCGGCCGGCGGCGGACGCUCGGGGCACGGCCACAAUGAAUAACUCUUCAGAGACCCGUGGACGCCCCCGCAGUGCCUUCUCUCCUUCAGAACGGGUGCUCUCAAUGCCCAUGCCCAGGAAGGCCCCUCUUAGCACUCCUGGCACCCCAGUCCUUGAUGACUUCCCUCAGAAUGACGACGAGAAGGAGCGAAUGCAGCGGAGGCGCUCCAGGCUCCUUGACCUGCAGUUCAGCACAGACUCGCCUUGUUUGGUAGCCUCCCCCUCCAACAGGAGUACUGAUACUUCUACUACCAUCUCUAAGUUUACAAACACACAGAUUACAGAGCAUUAUUCCACCUGUAUCAAACUGUCUACUGAAAAUAAAAUCACUACCAAGAAUGCUUUUGGCUUGCACUUGAUUGAUUUUAUGUCAGAGAUUCUUAAACAAAAGGACACGGAACCAACUAACUUUAAAGUGGCUGCUGGUGCCCUGGAUGCCAGCACCAAGAUCUACGCUGUGCGUGUGGACGCUGUCCAUGCUGACGUAUACAGAGUCCUUGGAGGGCUGGGCCAAGAUGCGCCACCUCCAGAUGAAGUAGAGGGCCAUGGUGCAGAUGGAAGUGCUACUGAAACAGGAACAACCAAAAAGACCCUGAAGCCAAAGAAAAAGCAUUCAUACAAAACCAUCGAGCAGAAUAUAAACAACCUCAAUGUCUCAGAAACAGAAAGAAAGUGUGAGGUUGACCCCAUGUUCCAGAAGACUGCAGCUUCAUUUGACAAGUGCAACACAGGAGUAUUUCUCUCCACCCUUCACUGCCAGGACUACAGAAGUGAGCUACUUUUUCCUUCUGAUAUCCUGGUCCUCUCCACAGAAGAACCUCCUGAGUUACCAGAUUUAGGUUCAGUGGAAAUGACAGAUUUAAAAGCACCCUUGCAGCAGUGUGUGGAAGAUCGCCAGCUCUGCCCUUCCUUGGCUGGGUUCCAGUUUACUCAAUGGGACAGUGAGACACAUACUGAGUCCGUGUCAGCGCUUGUGGACAAGUUUAAGAAGAAUGACCAGGUGUUUGACAUGGAUGCCGAGGUUGAGGAGAGUGCCGGCCUCCUGGAUGGACACCAGGAGGAGGACUUUUACGCCAGCGAUGAACAGGACCAUUCCGCAGCUGGGGAUAACGAAGAGUUCCAGAACUGGAAGAAGCCUCACCAGGUCCAGAGCGGCCAGAAAGAAAUGAUUUCCCUUGGAGAUGGAGACGUUGGUACCAUGUGUCCCUUUCUAUCCAUGAAGCCUGGAGAAUAUUCCUAUUUCAGUCCCCGGACCAUGAAGAUGUGGGCUGGUCCAGAACACUGGCGAUUUAGGCCUCGACACAAGCAAGAAUCUACGUCCCUAUCAGAAAAUAAGAAGAGUGCAAAGAAAGACUUUGAAAUUAACUUUGAUGAUGAUGUUGACUUUGAUGAAUAUUUUCGAAAAACAAAGGCUGCUACUGUUUUGACCAAAACCACUUUAGAGAACCAGACCUGGAAAGCUACCACUCUUCCUACCGAUUUCCACUAUGAGAUUGAUACUCUUGUCCAGCUCCAUCUCAAACCAGGCAUAAGGGUUCUUAAGAAGGGCCAGGGCCCUGAGCACUAUGAAGACAUUGGAGACUAUGAUUACAACAACCCUAAUGACACCUCCAACUUUUGCCCUGGACUACAGGCUGCUGACAGUGACUGUGAAGAGGGGGACAAUCUAUUUGAAGGACCACUUGGGACCUUUGACCUCACAUCUCAUCCCUGCCAUACACCUAAGACAGCACAGGAGAAUGGUGACGCUCCUGGAAACGAAGGAAUAGAUAUCACCACGUAUGGGGAGUCAAACCUGGUAGCUGAGCCUCAUAAGGUUAAUAAAAUUGAAAUCCAUUAUGCCAAGACUGCCAAGAAGAUGGACAUGAAGAAGCUGAAGCAGAACAUGUGGAGUUUGCUGGCGGAAGUCUCUGGAAAGGACGCAAGUGCCAAGGCAAACCCCAGUGAAAAUGGCAAGGAAGAGCCCUCAGUGAAGGUAGCUGAUGGAAAGAUGUUCAGUGGGCUCACCAAGGACCUGCACAAGAGCUUGCCUCCCCUCAUGGCUCAGAAUCUCUCUAUACCUCUGGCUUUUGCCUGUCUCCUGCAUCUGGCCAAUGAGAAGAAUCUGACCCUGGAAGGGUUCGAGGAUCUUUCUGACGUCCGUGUGAGGCUAGAGGACUGAGCCGUGGCAGAAGGCGGCAGUAGGCGUCUCGGCGCCUUCCCCUC